AUAUACCAAAUGUUUAAAUCAACAAUUGUAUUUUUGUUGGUGGCCAUCACCAUCAAUGCUGUGUUGUCGGCUUCCUCCAAUCCCAACAUCAUAGUCAACCCAUCUACCAAGAAAUUCUUGGAUCCAGAUGGACGUGAGAUGUAUUUCCAUGGUGUCAAUGUUAUGAAGAAGCAGUUCCCAUGGUACCCACCUCAAGAGUUUGACAUCUACGAGUCCUUUGGUCCACAAGAUAUGGCCUACUUGCAAGAGUGGGGCCUCAACGUUGUCCGUCUUGGUAUGAUGUGGGCUGGCGCCGAGCCAACCCAAGGUAACUACAACGAGACCUACUUUGAUAUUAUGGGUGACCUUGUUAACCAAAUGAACCAAUAUGGUAUCUAUGCUUUGAUUGAUGUUCAUCAGGAUGUCUGGUCCUACUACUACUGUGGUGAGGGAUUCCCAUCCUGGACUUGCAACUACGAUCUCGACUUCCCAGCUCCACUCCAAGUUAUUCCAUUCCAUCGUCCAGAUGGUGGUGACCCCAGUGCAAAGGACUGCGCCAAGCAUCCAUGGGCAUCGUACUAUGGCACUGCUGCCGUUUCGUACACUUUCCAGGCACUCUAUGAGAACUACUUUGGCACUCAAGACGCCUUCAUUUCCUACUGGCAAAAGAUUGCCGCUUUGUACAAGGGUGCCACCAACGUCCUCGGUUACGAGCUUAUCAAUGAGCCAUGGGCUGGUGAUGUCUACAUGAACCCCGAACUCCUUGUUCCAGGUGUUGCCGACAAGCUAAACUUGGCUCCAAUGUAUGACAACCUCAAUGCUGCCAUCAGAAAGAAUGAUAGUCAGCACAUCAUCUUCUUUGAGCCAGUUACCUGGGAUGAUGCUGGAGUUGGCUUUGAGCGUGUUCCAGGUGGUGAUGACUUUAGAAAUUUGAGUGCUCUGAGCUACCAUUUCUACAUCCCUCCCGAUGUCUCGAUCGAUGAGGCCAUGGUCAUUAGAAUGAACGACCUUAACAAGUUGGAAUGCGCUGGAUUGUUGACUGAAUUUGGCGCAGAUGGUGGUGAUGCCCCAAAUGUUCUGGAUUCUAUGAUUCACACUAUGGAUAAGGUGGAGGAACAUCUACAAGGAUGGAUUUUCUGGGAGUACAAAUGUUUUGCACCUGAUAGCUAUUGUAACUUUUUCUUCAACUCAAAUGGAACAGUCAACACCGAGCGUGUCUACCAUUACUCUCGCUCUUAUGCCAUGGCCGUAGCCGGUACUACCAAGCAGUCCAUCUUUGAGGACGCCACCUCUGUCUACACCAUCACUUACGUCAUCAACGGUGAUUGCACUCUACCUACCGAGAUCUAUAUCAACGAAGCCAUGCGUUAUCCAAAUGGUUACACCGUCCAGUUCAUCCCCGAGUUGAUCGCCACCUACACCACCGCCCACAACCGUAUCUUUGUAAAUCACAACAUCCAGACUGCCACUGAGUUGACCAUCAAGAUCACUCCC